AUGAGUAUCCCUUCAAGCGGAAUGGAAGCGUCCGGCUGGCUCCUGGCUUCAUUACCAGUGGCAGUGGCGAAAGAAUGGAAUGACCUUCGGAUGGACAAACAGAUGGAUGGUCAUAAAGCCGCGUGCCCCCGUCAUGAAAAAUCGAUGUGCGGGCCAGGUGCGGGUCGCGGGUGCAGGCCGGUGCCCAAGCUCGAAGCAGGCUCUGCCUAUGCCAGCCAACACCGCCAAUGCCUCGCCAGGCCUCGCCUUGCCUCAAUGCCCGAGCUAUAG